AUGGAAGAGAGAAAAAAAGUCGGUGGUGUAGCUGUGAAGAGCGUUCGUGAUCUUACCAUAGGCUAUGACAACUCGCAACCUGAUAACAAGCCAACUUUACCUCUUUCUACGACUUCCGAGAUGAUAACGUUCUUCCUGGUUAAUGGUAACGUAGCCACGGUCCGUGCAUCUGGUACCGAGCCAAAAAUCAAGUACUAUAUCGAACUCAAAACAGCUCCUGGAAAAACGGAAAAUGACCUCGCCGAAGUGACUAAAGAACUUGACCAACUCGAAAAGGAUGUAGUCGACUCGUUACUACGGCCACAAGAAUUUGGCCUUACACCUCGAAAAUGA